AUGGAAGGAUCAACAAACAAACACGUAAGCGAUGCAAGUCUUCGACUUGGUGAGGAAGUGAGCAUUAGCGACGAGAUGCAGAGGAGGUUUACAGAGAAAAGAUGGGUGUGGGUUCCAAAGAGCAAGGAUGGUUAUGUAAGCGGGUUUGUGGUGAAGGAGGAGGGAGAUGUCCUUGAGAUAGACUGCGGAGGCAUUAUCACAAGAUGUAAGAGCUGCGAGAUAUUUAGAAUGAAUCCUCCGAAGUUCGACAUGAUCGACGACCUUGCAGAAUUGAGUUAUCUUAAUGAGCCGGGGGUACUCCACAAUCUUAGAAGAAGAUACCAGAACGGGCGCAUAUAUACAUAUUCAGGACUGUUUCUCCUUGCAAUCAAUCCAUAUAAAGACCUUCGGAUAUAUGGGGAGAAAGACAUAAGAAAAUAUACCUUAAGCAAGAAGUAUGAGCUAGAGCCUCAUAUUUUUGCAGUUGCAAACGAAGCAUAUAAGCUGAUGGUUUCGAAUAGGGAGAACCAAUCGAUUCUGAUUACAGGGGAGUCAGGAGCAGGAAAGACUGAGAACACCAAGAGAGUGGUUGAGUUUCUUGCGACUGUUGGGGGAUGCAGAGGGGAAGAGGCUAGUAUUGACCGCAAGAUAAUAGAUGCAAACCCUAUUCUAGAAGCAUUUGGAAAUGCACAAACAGUGAAGAAUGACAAUUCUAGUAGAUUCGGGAAGUUUAUUAAGAUUAAGUUCAAUGGGGGGAACAUUUGCGGUGCACAUAUUGAAAAGUAUCUCCUGGAGAAAUCAAGAGUAACGAAUCAGAGUAGAGAUGAAAGGAACUAUCAUAUAUUCUAUCAGCUCCUUGGGUGCGAUGACUUGGGGCUUAAGAAGCAGUUGCUUUUGGAUGGAGAUCCUAAGGACUACAGGUUCCUUAGAAACUCUCGGUUUAAGAUCCAAGAUAUUGAUGAUGCAGAGGAAUUCAGAAGACUCAGGAAAUCGAUGGAUGUUUUGAACAUCAAGAAAGAGGAGCAGAUAGGGUAUUUUGAGAUUGUGUCUGCGAUUCUCCACCUUGGAAAUAUAGAGUUCAGAGAGAAAGAUGGGGCAGCUGAGAUAGCCAAUCUUGAGGUUGCGGAGAAAGUCUGUAAGCUCCUCAGCAUUCCUCUUACUGAAUUUAUCAAGCGGCUCAUCCAUCCUAUGAUUAAGGCUGGAAAUGAAUAUGUUGCACACAGCAGGAACAAAGAGCAAGCUCUCAAGAUUGUUGAUGGGCUAGCCAGGAUACUUUAUGACAAGAUGUUUGACAAUGUAAUAGACCGAAUCAACAUGUCGCUUAGCUCCCCUCAUAAAGGUAACUUCAUCGGAGUUCUCGACAUAGCUGGGUUUGAGAUCUUCGGCAAGAACUCAUUUGAGCAGCUUUGUAUAAACUACACAAACGAGAAGCUGCAGCAGUUCUUCAAUCACCACAUGUUUAUUCUUGAGCAGGAGGUAUACAGACAAGAAAGGAUUGAAUGGGACUUCAUUGAUUUUGGACUUGACCUGCAGCCGACGAUUGAUCUGAUAGAAAAGAGCAAUCCGAUUGGGAUUCUAAGUUACCUGGACGAAGAGUGUGUGAUGCCGAUGGCAACGGAGAAGACAUUUCUUAGGAAAUUGAUGAAGAACAUUCGUCAUGAGAAAUUUGAGGUUGACAAGAUCAAGGAUGCCUUUGUUUUGAACCAUUAUGCAGGAGAUGUUGAGUAUACGGUUGAUGACUGGCUUUCGAAGAAUAAGGACUCUCAUUCUGAGGCAUUAACAUCGUUGAUCCGAAUGUCUAACAGCGAGACGGUUUCUAGGUUAAGCUUAGAAGAGGAAACGAUUAAGAAAGGAUUUUUCCGGACUGUCUCCCAGAAGCAUAAGGAACAGCUUGGAUCAUUGAUGUGUGAGCUCCGUGGAACAAACCCACAUUUUGUGCGAUGCAUAAUUCCGAACCUAGAGAAGAAUGGAGAUCGAUUGGACAAUGGAGUGGUUCUGGGACAAUUGAAAUGCAAUGGAGUUCUUGAAGGGAUAAGGAUCAGCAGACAAGGAUUUCCGUCUAGGAUGGGAUAUCAAGAGUUUGUACGAAGGUACAGGAUAAUGAUGAAGGAUAAAGUCCGAGAAACCGAGUCUUGGGACGAUGAUAUGUGUAUGGAGGUUUGUAAGGAGAUGGGCGAACAGAUUUUGUCAGGGAUUGGGAUUAGUGCAAACCAAUACAGGAUGGGACGAACAAAGGUAUUUUUUAGACAAGGGGUUCUUGCAGACAUUGAGGAUAUGAGAGACAGUAAAGUUUCUGAGGUGAUCAAGGAAAUCCAGGCUCUUGUCAGAAGAAGGCUUACAUUUAGAAAGUAUAACUUGACGCAAAGAAGGACACAAGGGAUUCUUAUUAUUCAAAGGAACAGUAGGAUAUGCUGUGAGUUACAGAGAUGGAACUGGUGGAAGCUUUAUCAAAAGAUCAAGCCUUUGCUGGAUGUUAGGAAAAGAGACAGUGAGAUGAAGGAGAAGGAGGCGAUGAUUCAGGAAUAUAUACGAAUGCUUGAUGCUGAGAAGAGCAGGAGAAAGGAGGUUGAAGAUAUGCUGAAAGAGAUGAACCUGAAGAAGGAGGGGCUUGAGAAGUGUGUUGAAGAUGAAAAGAGGUUUUCGAUGGAAAAGGACGAACUUCUGAUGGCCUUGAGAUACAAAGCUGAUGAGAUGGGCCAAGAGAUUGAGAGGAUCCGAAAGGAGGCUGAUAAUAUCUGUGAUGAGAAGAAAUUAUCUGAGGAUCAGUUGAGGGAGGCGAUUGAGAUGCUAGAAAGAAAAGAAUCUGAGAUUUCUAAGUUGAAGAAGGAAGUGGAGGAACAGAAUAAUGUGAUUUCAUUACACGAACGUGAGAUUUCCUCUCUUCGAGAAGAAGUAGUGAGCAAGUCGAGUGAGAAGGAUGCAAUGGUGGAAAAGAUGCUUAGAGAGAGGGAUAGGGAAGUAUGUCUGUUGAAGGAGAAGAUCAAAGAGAAGGAUUGCGAAGUUAAAAAUAUACUUGAAAGGAUGAAAAAGAGUGAAGUGGAAGAUGAGGAAAGAAGGAGAGAGUUGAAAGAGAAAGAGAUGAUUAUUGACGAGCUUAAGGCAAACUGCAUAAGCAUGAAAAAAUGGAAGGACGAGUGUGGAGAGCUAAGGAAGGACUAUGAGGUGAUGCAAAGGAAGUUGAAAGAUGAGGCCGAGGAUAUGGUAUUAGAGAAUGAUAGACUGCACAAUGAGAUUCGGAAGAUGGAGAAGGAGCGGGAGGAGCUAGAAAGCAUGCAGAAGAAGCUUCGAGAUGAUCUUGAAUUUGAAAGGAACCGGGGGAAGAAGCUUGAAAAGGCAUUCCAGGAGUUGAGAGGGGAAUACCUGGCUGCAGAAGAACAGCUCCAGAAAGAAAAGCAGUCCAGGGAUUCAACACAAGAGUCCUUACUAGAAAAGACGAGGAAUCUUGAGAGAAGGGUCAAGAGCCUUAGUGAGAAGCUUAAGAGUGAGGAGAUUGCAAAUAAGCAACUUAUGAAUGAGAAGGAUGAGAUGUAUAAGCAGAUUCAUAUUUUACAACAAUCGAAGUUGGAUGAGAUUUUUGACAGAGAGGCGAUGUUCAACAGUGUCAAAAAGAAUCUUCAGAUGGAGAUCCAGAGACUAGAGAUGGAGAAUCAGAGACUAGGGAUGGAGGUGAUGGAAUCGAAGUGCAUGGGGGAAGCCAGUGAGGAGAGUAUCUCGGCGAUGGAGAAGUUCUAUGGGAUGAUUGAAGAAGAGAGGAGGAAAAGAAAGGAAGCUGAGCACCAGAUAUCUGAACAAGAGAACAAGAAUGUGAUAUUAAGUAGUGAAGUGGAGAUGUUGAGGGAGAUGAUUGAAAUGGAGAAAAGAAGCAAGGAGGAUAUGAUGAGAGGGCAGGAAAAAGAAGCCGGGAUACGUAGAAUGAUUUCUGGGGUUAGGAAGGAGAUUGAGGAUCUUGGAAAUGAGAUGAGCAUUGUUAUUGAGGGAUUCAAUGGGCUGUACUUCAACACUCUUGAAGAAUACAAAGCAAACCUCAAGGAAUGCAAAGAAUUGCUGGGGGCUAAGGAUCAUGCGAUUGAGGAGUUGAACGAUCGGAUUUUGAGUCUGAGCCACGAGGUUGAAGAAAGGAGAGCAACUGAAGAUGAGAUGAAUGUGAAGGUUGAAGAGCUGAUGAAACAGUACAACAGUGCCAUGAGCGAAGUUGCAUCCUUGGGUGCGAAAUGUAAUUCUCUUGAGAUGUCUGUGUCCUUGAAGGAAGAUGAGAUCAAGAAAUAUGACGAGAAAUAUGGGGAGUAUGAUAAGAAGUUUAAGGAUUUAGCAUGUAGGAUUGACGAUGAGAUUGAAAGGCUUCAUAAAUGUGAUGAGGAGAGAAGGAGAUAUGUCGAGAGUCUCGAGGAAGGGAUGAAUGGAGGCCUAAUAGGGAUAAGGAAGCUUGACGAGAAGUAUAGAGCAAGGAUUGAGGAGAGUGUACAGUAUGCUCUUGAGGGAGAGAAGAGAAAACUCAAGGCUUUGGAAGAAAUAAAUGGACAACUGAUGAAAAGAUUUGACGAUCUGCAAGAAGAACAUCAGAGCCUCUUGGAUGAGAAGAUGAAGGAUUCACUGAGGAUUGAGCAGCUUGAAGGAGAGGUUUGUGUUCUCCGAGAGAUAGAAGCGCAUAGACGGGACAUGAUUUCUAUGUACGAGUCUGAGAUUUCCACCUUGAAACGAUGUACAAGGUUUAAAGAUGAAAUUGUGGGAGCAUUUAAUGGAGAAAGAAGUCCUUCUGUUAUAUAUACCUGUGACAAGGAGAAGUACCAGGCACUUGACCGUAAAAGGAUGAUUGCUGAGCAUGAACUGGCGAAAGCAAAAGACGAGAAGAAAUCCCAGAUGGCCAUUAAUAAGAAGCUCCGUGACGAAGUGGAGAGGCUUCGAGGAGAGAUUGAUGAAAGUAAGGGUAAGGCAUUGGAGAUGAAGAAGAAGUUAGGAUGCCAGCUGCUAGCUGUGAAUCGACUGAGCAGAGAGCUUGAAGAGGAGAGGGAGAUGGUAAGAUUCCUUAAGAUUGUUGGAGGAGGGCGAAAGAAAAGGAUAUGA